GCCCGAGGAGCGCGCAGCCGACCCUGGCAACCGCCCCUGGCCCGAGGCGAGAGGGGCCAGACUCCCCGUGGCGGGCGUGCCCCGCCGGCCGGCUGCCGCCAUGGAGGCGCCCAGCAGGAAGGCCGCGGCCGCGCGGGCCACCCUGGCGGCGCCCGCCCCCGCGGCGCCCCGCGAGGAGGACGCCGCCGCCGCGGCCGGUGCGGCCGCCUCGGGGCCCGGCGGGGCGGUCGCCGCCGCGGAGGCCGCCGCGGAGGCGAAGGCUCCCGCAAGCGGCUCGUCGGAGCCGUUCGCGGGGUACUACAGCCGGCACGUCCUGCCCGGGAGCUCCCUGGCCGCGCUGGGGCCGGCCCACGGGCGCCGCAGGGCUGCCGCCGCGGCGGCGCCGCCGCCAGAGGGAGCCGCCGAGGCGGCGGCGGGGCCGCCGCGGGACGUGCGCGAGGAGGAGCUCAGCGACAGCUUGCUGCAGAUGGAGAUGGAGAUGGAUUCCGCCUGGGGCGAACUGCGAGAGCGGCGCGAGGAGAAUGCUACGCUGCGCGGGGAGCUCGCCGUGAUCCAGGCGCUCAUCCACGAGAGAUCCGAGGGGUCCGACGGGGGAGGCGUUUUGUCGGCGGGCAGCCCCGUGCUGUCCGACAUCCAGGCUCCGGAGCCGAGCUUCUGGGCGCCGAGCUUCCAGGCGCCGUCCGAGCUGAGCUCAGGGGUGGCAGCACCGACUCGCCAGGCGCAGCUGUCGCUGAAUAUAUUCCACAUGCAGUUCCAGCUGGAUGGUAUCUUGGAAGAGCUGGGGAACGAGAACGAGGCGGCCCAGGCGCUCAGGGGCGCAAUCGACACCGACCACCUCCUGCUGCUCGCCGGCGGCAGGGCCUUCGUCGAGCCGCGGCCAAGAUACGUCCAGAGCUUGAUCGACGAGGUGCUGAAGAGGUACGGCGUGUGCUGCUGCCGGUGAUGUGCGAGUGACCGCGCCCCCGGCCUGUGCUGCUUUCCAGACUUUGGAGCGUCUGCCGACCAGGCAGUCUCCGGGAUGGGUCGUCCGUCCUGGGCCUCGAGAAUGGCGAACCCGUGAGAGUCCAGCCCACAGCGGCAAACAGUGGCAAGAGAGUUCCAUCAUUAUUUGUUCGACGGGAGGGAAAGGUGUCAAUUGCUUGGACAACAGCGCCUGAGUUUUUUUGCGCGAGGCCGCGCGUAAGCGCCCUCUUCUCCGCGCGGUGUGUCAAGCUGGCGGCCCGCGUAAGCCACCGCUAUGCCGCAUAAUGUUGCUAUGUCGUCGUGCAUAAGACACAUUUUUUUUCGACGCUUAUCUGGCAAAUAGGUGGGUCGCGCGAAUCACUACAUCGCGCGCUUGUUGCCAUUUGGGGCGACAGUGGCAUGUCGUGUUGGCCCUCCGCUGCCAAGCGUGUGCUGCCUUGUUGCAUUGCGACGAUGCCAGCGCAGAAGGAUUGCAUAACUUCUCUCCCCUAGUGGUGCUCUGAGUGAACCCACGUGAGCGACGCAGUACAACGGGUUCGACUGCACUGCGUGGACAUUUGCGUACAAAUUGCCCGCGAAAUGUCGCGCACAAGCGCCCCCGUUUCCAAUGAAGCGAAGCUUGCCGCGCUGGCAGGCCGUGCUAAGGUCGCCAUGCCAUCGUGCGUAGACCCGGUUCUUUUCGUUGCUCUGUUUGCGCGCUCGCGUGCAUGAUUACCAGAGUGCCGCAACUCAGACGUCGGCGCGCGAUGCGCCGGCGAGGACACAUCCGACCGCGCGCCGCAUGCGCCAGGGACCAUGCAAUGUUCUAUUGCCCAGCAUUUGUCGUAUAGUGGCGUGUACAGUUUGAGCCUCUCUGUCUUGGCGAGUGGGCGUUGAGAGUGCGAAUGAUUCAUAGAGUGCCGCGGCUGCUGGCACAGGCCACUGAGAAGCUAAACGUUCCCCUGCCCUUGUAUUUUCUGCGAAGAGCCGCUGGCCGCCUGGGCCAAAAGUGGUGCUAGGCACGCAGCGCAAAUUGUUAUGUCUUCGGGCUCAAGUUCAUUGCCUGGGCUCACCGCCAGGUUAGCUUGUGCGUUUUUUCCAGCUUGCUUAUUGGGCCGGUGCAUCAGUGAUUUGUGUUAUCACAUCGACACAUAUUGUCUGAGCAGUGCCAGCGGUGUUGAUAUCACGAUCAUAUCUGCCAAGAUCUGGGCUGGUCGUCAUGGACAUUGUAAUCGCAUGCAUGCUGUAAUUACGACGAUGCCAGUUUAUGCAGGUUGGUGUAUUUCAACAUUUCGACUCGCAGUUACUUUUUCCGCAUCGUUGAGUCGAGCAGGGAUGGUCGCGCCCCGCACCCCUCCUCCCCUUCCAAUACAUGAUGUUCUUGAUUGCACUUUUGACAGCGAUUGCGACUGUCUGCGAUUGAUGGCUGGAGAAGUGUGUGAGUUGGCACCUUAGAGGGAUCACCUGCCACUUGAGAGCAGUAAGUGCGUAUCAUGUUUCAGUGUACUGUUAUGAAUGACAGCUUCGCCCGAGAUAUCUUCCAUCAAUUGACAUUGGAGCCUGUUUUCAAACGCAGUCGCGCAGUGUGAACAACCCUGCACACCCAUCGCAAGUUGCGGCAACCCCACAUGCAUUCGAGUGACAUCCCGCUAUUGCACCUCCUUCCCAGCAGCCAGCUGGCCAUCCUCUUUAUCCUCCUCCUCUCCCUUUUCCUCUGC